CAGAGCUUGCCGCUUGCUCAAAGAUUUACUUUCAUAUUGUCUGCAACGAUUACCUCUUAGUCUCAUGGUUUAUAUUACAAAUUUUGAACAAUUUCAAGCUGCUGCAUUUGAGAUAUUUUCAAAAGCACCUUGCAAGACAAGAUUUUCAUCUAAAUAUAAAACUUCUUAUGAUAAACCAAAUCACAUUAUUUUAAAAGUAACUGAUUGCGUUACAUGCAUCAAAUACCGUACAAAUAGUAAAAACGAUUUGAAAUAUAUUGAUCAAUUUUCGCAACUAUUCGUUACUUGGUCAACCGUUGAUAUCAUUGAAAAUGAAUCAAGUCUUCCUUCAGAUUUGAUAGCUGCGCAAAAAGAUCCUACUUUUGGCCACAUUUCGAACAGUCGAUUAAACGAAAAGAAAAAUAAAAAUCAAAAAACGGGAGGGAAAAAAAAAUAACAGUUAUAAUCUUAAAUAUUUACCGUUUAUUAAAUUUUGUUUUUAAUUUCACGUACGAGAAAAAAUUACUCAAAAUUAAAAUUGAAUUUAUGUUUUCGUCGUAUUAUUAAGUUUUUUUUUUUCUGUGUCUGCUUAUUGCGUCUACUUUAAUAACAAUAUCCCGCUUUGAUGAUCUUCACACAUGCACUUCCUCUGCAUGUUGACAUAAUGUAUAUGACGACUUGAAUUCACGGUUAAAACGAUUUUCAUGAAUUCAAAAAAAAAUUAUGUGUCAAACGUAACUAUUCCCAGUAUAAAAAAACGUGAUGGUUAUGUCAAGCUAAAAUUAAAUUACCGUUGUAUCCAAAUUUUAGGUGAAGGAACAUAUGGAAUAGUAUAUGAAGCAAUUCAUACGCGUACAGGAAUUCAUGUUGCAUUAAAGCAUAGCAGACCGGAAAUGCAAGUUAAUAUGAGCGGAGGUUUAGCUAUCACAGCUAUACGUGAAAUUGCUCUUUUAAGGGAAUUAAAACAUCCCAAUAUUGUAGAACUUUUAGACGUGAUUCACUGCGACAACAACCUGUUUCUUGUGUUUGAAUUAUGUGAUACAGACCUUCGUCAUUUUAUGAAACAACAAGCAGAUUUAUUACGGGUUGAAAAAAAUCAACUAAACUUGAUAAAUAAGCCUUUUCUUCCAUUACCAAAAAUUAAAUCUAUUACAAGACAAAUUGUGUCAGCAUUAUCUUUUUGUCAUAGCCGAAGAAUCAUGCAUAGAGACUUAAAGCCACAAAAUAUACUAUUAAACAUGAAUGGAUGCGUCGCCAAAUUAGGUGACCUCGGGCUUGCCCGUUCGUUUACGGAUGGCGCACAACUUAUGACAAACGAAGUCGUCACGUUAUGGUAUAGAGCUCCAGAACUUUUACUGGGAGAUCACCAUUACACUUGUUCGCUAGAUAUAUGGAGUCUUGGAUGUAUAAUUGCCGAAAUGUUUACCGGAAAGCCUUUAUUUUAUGGUGCCUGUGAAACGGAUACUUUAUUGUCUGUUUUUCAAAUUUUAGGAACACCCAUUGAACCACCACUUCUAAAGGAUGUUCAUGCGAAACGAAAUAAUGUUAUAAAUCACGCUAUAUGGAAGGGAGUUUCAAAACUUUCGUAUUAUCAAAAUCUAUUUCCUCAAUGGACACAAAAUCCAAGCGUUACAUUGAAAAAAAUUAUCCCUUAUGCUAGUGAUUCUGUGCUUGAUCUAUUAAUCAAACUCCUGCAAUAUGAUCCUAAAUGCCGUCUCCCUGCGCGAGAAAUUCUUAAGCAUCCCUGGUUUUCAGAAAAUGAUUAAAAGAAACAACAUAAAAGUUUAGGGUUAUCUGAGGUGUCGUACAAUUUACUUGUACACUUUGUUCCAAAUCUGUUCUCAAUUUGAAGAAAAACCAAUGGACAUAGAAAACGCGAAUUCUCGUCUUCGUUUUAAUACUAUAUAGCAUUCGUCGUCUGAUAACGUUUUGAUCUACAUUAAUAUUUGUUCACAACGAAAAAAACAAAUGUCAUAGAGUGUCUUUAUGAAAUAAUAAUGUAAAGAAAACAUUACUUUGUUAAUAAAAAAAAAUUGAGAUAUUUGGGAGG